UAUUUUUCACCAUCGAAAGCUGAAUUGUUCUGGUAGAAAACAAGUAGAAAAGAAACAAAAUGGAGAAAAUUUCGUGUUUUCUUUUCUUCUAAAUGAUAACCAGUUAGGAGUGUCAAAGAACCAAGGUCAACAAGAAGACUAAUCAGAGAAGAUGAAAACAAGAAUUUUCAGCCAUUCCGCUGGUUAGAACUUUCUCUCUAACUCUUUCUCUUUCUUUCAGUUCUCCAUGAAGCAAAAAGUUCACUUUCGCUGUCAGUAGUUUACAUCACAAUUUCAAAUAAUCUACGUAUUCAUGUAAAAAGAGAGAAAGAGACUGAACAAGAUUCAGCAAAUUCAUUCAACACCAACAAUCCAAGGUCUUCCUCUUUUCUUCAUCUUGGUAAAGGUUGAAAAGUAACACUCAUGAUUCCGCUUUUUUCCACCACAACUUUGACUAUUCUCGAACCAACCAAAGGCCUUGAAAAGGAUAUAACGGAUUCUAAAGUGUUAUCAAUGAAAACGCUCAAUUUUUAAGCGCGAACUCAACGGAAUUGGAAGAACCGAAAGAGUAAAAUCUGAUACAACAAUCGAAAGAAUUUUCUAUCUAUUCGAAGUUCUGAUUAAUUGAUGUUUCAUCUUAUUCAUGGAAUUUUCAAUUAGAUGACUAAUUUAAACUGUCAUCAAUUCUAAUUACGAUUAACCAACUUUUAUCAUCGAAAAAAAAUAAAACUGAACAAUCGAAAAUUAUUUCAUUCCAAUGAAUUUGAUUUCGUAAUAACUGAAACUAGUUGAUUCAAUUUCAUGUCCAAUAUUUAAUUCGAUAAGGUAAACAUGUAAUCGAAAUGUUCAGCGCAAGUUCAUUCAUACCUCGAAUUGAAAUCAAUAAACUAUUCUUAUCGUUACCAUGGUAGUAACCGAAUACCCUAAGGUAAAGUUCAUCUUUCUACUCAUAUAUCACAUAUUUUACUAGAGAAAAGUGAUAAGAAUUCAUUGUAACAUAUUGAAGAAUAAAUUUUUAUCCUAAUAAGUUAUUAUAAUUUAAAUUCUAAGUCUAAACAAUUAACUUAAAUUGAAGUAAGAAACAAAUAAAAAGUUUGAUUUAUAAGACAAAUUGAAUUGGUUUCCAAAAGGAUCAAAGUGAAAACAAUCAACAAUAACCUCCAAUUAAUCAGUGUGUUUAUCAAUAGAGUUAAUUAGCUGAUUAUGGUUAAUCAAAUUGGAAGCCAGUUAAUCAUUUUUAUUUGCUGGCUGAUUGUAAAUCUAAUCAAACCCGGAAAUGGAGCUUAUUAUGAAUUCAAUCAGAAUCCACAAGCUCUGAUUGAUAAUGAGGAUCUUAUUGCUGGUUAUGAACCAGGAAUAUUAUCACAAAAAUCCUUACAGCAAUUCGGUGACAUGAGAGAUGAAGAUUCGGGUUGGGAGAUUGAUUAUCCAAGAAUCACCGAAGAUACUGAUUGGCCUAAAAGCGAUUUUCUCAGUAAAUUGGGUCAAAUUGCUGGAAUUGCAAGUCACAAGAACAAUUCGAUUUACAUAUUUCACCGAGGUGACCAUGUUUGGGAUCACAGAUCAUUUGACAUAUCGGAACAUUAUAAGAAGAUCAAUAAAGGACCAAUAGCCAAUGAUACGAUCUUCGUUGUCGAUGGUACAACCGGAAAAGUGAUCAAAUCAUGGGGAGCGAAUAAAUUUUAUAUGCCCCAUGGAAUCAGUUUGGAUCGGGAAGGUAAUAUUUGGUUAACUGAUGUCGCUCUUCAACAGGUAUUCAGGUUCAAACGGGACGAUCUCGAAAAACCCGACCUGGUCUUGGGUGAACCUUUUCAACCAGGACGUGAUUGGAAUCACUUUUGUCUUCCUACCGAUGUUGUUGUCGCUUCAACUGGAUUAGUUUAUAUUAGCGAUGGUUAUUGUAAUUCGAGGAUAUUAAUUUUAUCACCUUCGGGAAAAGUUCUGUCCGAAAUUGGAAUAAAAGAUAAUAUGGUGAUACCUCAUAGUUUAGUUCUAUUGGAGGAAGAGAAUCUGAUCUGUGUUGCCGAUCGGGAAAAACGAAGGAUUUUAUGUUACACUGCGGGUCUUGAUCGAACUCAACCUGGAAUUCUGACCUUUAACAUUAACCAUCCGAGAUUUAAUCGUAUAUUUGCCAUUGAUCACGUCGGUGAUUUACUGUUCGCUUUAAGUGUUCCCGAAGACGAAUCACAAUCAGAAGGAAUCAUAUUCAACUUGGCGACAGAACGUAUUGUAAACGCAUGGAAACCUCGUUCGGGUUUUCGUCAACCUCAUGAUUUGACCAUCUCGUCCGAUCGGAAGAGCAUCUUUGUCAGUGACAUCGAUCCAAAAGGACCUAAAAUAUUCAAAUUCAACAUGUGAUUGUAAAACGAAAACCAAAAAGAAUAUAAAAUGUCACAUUAAUUACGAACAAAUUAAUUUCGAAAAAAAUUUUUUCGAUCAAUAUUAAUUCUGUUCCAAUUAUCAUCUCAUUCCAAUUCCAAUAUUUUAUCAUCCUGUAAAUUCAUCGUUAAAUGACAACCACUAUUAUCUCCUUUGUCCAGAGAAUAUAAUUUAUUUCCAAAGUUAAUUACAACCAAUUCGAUGAUUAAAGCCAAUUAAACU